GGAAUGCUACAUCUGACUCCCUCCUUUCGUGUGUUCUCACUUUUCCGCACGUCAAAGCCGACGCCGGGUUGAACAUGAAUAUUUUGCGCUCGACUGGGAGCUUGUCCCGGGCUCUCCAGCUAUGCCACGGCCCAAGGACCUUGCCAACGAUCCGGUGCCAGGCACGACCUCUUCCUCGUCGGAGAUUCCAUGCCGCCGCCUCACUGUGGGGUGUAAAGUCUCAGGUAUUGAAAGAUGUUGGUGAAGGGAUAACGGAGGUCCAAAUAAUCCAGUGGUACGUUGAGGAGGGAGCGUACAUUGAAGAGUGGAAGCCACUCUGUCAAUAUCAGUCAGAUAAAGCGGUUGAUGAUAUCACCUCGAGAUAUGAGGGCGUUGUUAAGAAGCUCCACUUUCAAGCAGACGACACUGUCCCGACGGGGAAGGCGCUCUGCGAUAUAGAAGUUGAGAACGGGAAAUAUCCAGAUGAUAACCCGCCGCCGGUUCCAAAGACAGAACCGAUAGAACCAACACCGGCCAGGUCUUCUCCCACAGAAACUCAACCACUACAACCGACACAAACUGCUCCAUCUACACCAGUAAACGGCAUCACGAAUAACGGGCCAAAAUCGCGGCAUGCAACACUCGCUACCCCGGCGGUUCGCGGGAUGCUGAAAAUUCACAAUGUGAACAUUGAAGAUGUACAAGGAACAGGCAAGGAUGGGCGCGUCCUCAAGGAAGAUGUCCAGCGCUUUAUCGCCGAGCGGGAUCAAGCACCUUCAGCACAGCUUACUGCCCCGGGGGUGCAAGAAGAGACCGCUGUCAAACUCACACCAAUCCAAAGUCAGAUGUUUAAGAACAUGACGAACUCCCUCAGCAUCCCGCAAUUCCUCUACGCCGACGAACUUAACGUUAAUAACGUAAUGGCUAUUAGAAAGAGGCUGGCCAACGACCCCAAAGACCCUAAAAAGAUCAGUCUGCUCUCUUUCGUCAUCAAGGCCAUGUCCCUCGCUUUAAAUGACUACCCGCUUCUCAACGCGAAGAUCGAUACCACUGAUCCCGCCAAACCACAGUUGAUCAUGCGAGCAAAACACAACAUCGGUGUCGCCAUGGACACCCCUCAGGGCUUGCUAGUCCCCAACAUCAAGGACGUGGGCAAUUUAUCGAUCCUAGAUAUUGCCGCUGAAAUCCUACGCUUGAACGCACUCGCAAAAGAAAGAAAGCUCACACCCGCAGACCUCAGCGGUGGCACAAUCACUGCUUCCAAUAUCGGUAACAUUGGAGGUACAUACGUCGCGCCAGUAGUCAUACCAAAUGAGAUGGCCAUCCUCGGCAUUGGCAAGUCCCGAACAGUGCCCAUCUUUGAUGACGCUGGUCAGGUUACGAAAGGCGAGCUCGUGAACUUUAGCUGGAGUGCCGACCACCGAGUGGUGGAUGGCGCCACUAUGGCCCGGAUGGCUAAUCGGGUUCGGGAACUCGUUGAGUCGCCGGAGCAGAUGCUGUUGAAUUUGCGAUAGCUUAUACAUAGAACUUCCCAUGUCGGAUGCUUGCAUCCGCGAUAAUGACUAGCGCUUGCUGAAUGCCACAUAGCAUAGAUGUCUGCAGAUGAAACAAACGUUUCCGCCCAGCCUAGCCUAGAGCAAGUUGGGUUAUUAAACAUCACCCUUCACACCGUCGUACACCCAACUCUUAUCGAGUAAGAAAUAGCAAAUCAUCUGAAACAAAUACGAUGGUUAAUCAACGGGGCCAAGUCUCAGAUGGGAUACAUAUAACCUCCGCCAAAUAACCACCAAUACGUCCUAGUAGCGGAUGGUGAAUAUUUAAGUAGUGAGCACCAAGUGGGUGAAAUCCCAUCCACGCUACCGAGAAAUAACCACAGUACUCUAGCGUCUCCCCACGGCCUGAGGGCGUACGUGUUUCCAUCCCAGACUAAAGUCCAGUAGGAAGAGCCCAACGUCCGCCGAACUGACCGACCGGCCUAUCUGCAG